AUGGCGCUGGAGGUCGUUGGGUAUUUUUCAUGGUUUUUGGCGCAGAAAAUAAUAUUAAGUCAAGUUUUUGUCGUGGUUUAUGUGCAUUCACUUAUGCUAGCUUCCCAGAAUACCACAUUGAAAGGUAAGGCUCCGAGGGGAUUGCUGCCGUGGAAAGCGAGAUGGGAAAUCGUGGAUAUAUAUGGAAGAAUCACGGACCUAUCAAGUUUGAAGCCGAAACGAAACAAGCCACACUUGCUGAACUUUCCAACUAUGCCUUAUGCAACGACCUCAUUCACUAGGUCAACAAAAAAAGAGGUCACUGAUUCCUUCAACACAAUAAUAAUCAAAAUUGUCUCCGGUAUCCACCACUAA